AUGACUGCGGUGCAGACCAACAAUGCGGGCUCCGCCCACUUGGCUGAUCAUGCUGCAACGGCCGCAUUAUAUGCGACAGAUCCGAUGCGAAAACGUUCUGGAGGCGAGGCCCCCUCUCAGGCAUCGCGGAAGCAGCAAACCCCACUUCCUGCAGGUCUCACUCUCGCCAAUGCAAGCGCCGCUGCAAGCCUUGCACAUGCAAAUCAAAAAACAACCGCCGCCUGGCGACCUGAACGACAACCCUACGCAGAAAAGGCGGCUGCCUUUGUGCGAAGUUACCAAGCUCCUGGACCGAAACCUUCCAAACAGCCAAAUCCGCACGUUUACAAGGCCGCGGUGUCCGCUCAGGAUCGGGCGUCUACCGCUUCUCCUUCGGUGGUGACUACACCGGAGCCAAAGUUUGAUAAAACUACGUUUGAAAAUAUAAAUCGUGCUCCGCAGCGUGGAGCUCCUUCAGCGGUACAAUUCAGUCCCGGUGCGUUGACGGCUGCUACAGGCGCAGUGUCGAAUCGACGAAGGACCGAGUCAGCGCCCACAAAACCAGUGUUUCACCCCGAUGCUUCUGCUGCGCUUACGGCUGCGACUAUAUCGCACCGAGUGAGUCAGGAUGCUGCUCGCAAUGUCCUGAACGAUCUUGAUCCGGGCAUGGAAGCUGCUCGGAUCCAUCACAUUGCGCGGACAAAUGUGCAACUCUACACGGCCGCACCUCCGGUGGGGAUUGAGGUUGAAGAGCAAAAACACAAAGAUACUCUCCGCGCCGCCGCCAUCUCAAUGGCAAAAGACAUGUAUUCAUCGGCAGGUACAGCGAAAGGGGAGCCUUCCGACGAGACUAAGUCUGCGAGUGCAGCUGCAAAGAAGAGGUUAUCGCACGGUACCUCACAGUCUCAAUUCUCAUGGGCGCCUGGCGACGAGUACAAUCCCACGCAACAGCUACCGCUCCCAAACCUGCAUGAAGCCGCCCAGAAACUCGCUGCAGAGAAGCUUGCAAAAAUGCCAAGAAAUGAAUUAUACAAUCAGCAGCAGUAUUAUGGAACGACCCCAAGUGUCAAAUCGCGCCAGAACUUUUCUCGACGUUUGAGGAGAAGGACUUCAAGUGACGGAGAUGUAUCCGAGGCUGACUGGCUGAGAUCAGAACGAAUCAGGCAUCAAAUGUCCUCUCUACAGAGCCGUGUGAACGCGAUUGAUGAGAAGAAGAAGACCAAGGACAGAGCGGAUUUGAUGGAGAUUGCACGCAAAAACGUACAUGCUGCUAUCCAAGACAUGGACGAGAAAGUAUACGCGGAUACUGGCAGGCCAUCGCCAAGCAUGCAGCGUGAAUGGGAAGAAAAGGCGCAGCUACGCGCAAAGCAAGAAAGUGAGACUCGUUCGACUAAUGUUGGUAUGAUUGCUGUUGGCGGUGACAAGUAUAUGGAUCAAGCGGAGGUUGAGGCAAUUGCACGGGCUCGUAUUCAGCCUACUUUGGAUGAGAUUGAUGAUCGGGUUGAGGAACAGCGUGCCCGAGAGGUUGAGGAGAAACUAGAACAGGAAAGGAAACAGAGGAGAGUGGAAACGGACCGUGCAAGAGAAGAGCAGAUCCGGGCGGAGGAGACCAAGCAAGAUGAAGCCGUGCAGAAAAAUGGAAAAGGAUCAUCUGGUCGGAGACGUUCCCUGUUCGGCGGUCAGAAGAUCUUCUCUCACACGUCUAGAAAAUCUUCAGGAAAGGUGGCCGAAAAUGAGGAACGAAGCGAGGAGCCAACUGCGCCCCCUAUGAGCGAUGGUGGUGAUGAUAGACAGCUUGAACAAGGUUCAGUAAAUGCUACAGCACCGGUGGCAGAACCCGAGCCAACGGUCGAGUCCAAUCCCAGUCCUACGCAUGAGCAAGUAAUUUCCGAAGCCGCUGACGCCGAACCACAAACAAAUAACUCAACAUCGGCCAAGUCAGACUCCAAAAUUAAGUCAUGGUUCAAAGGAAGACUCAGUCGUCGCCUCAGCAAACCUCCACCACCAGAGGAAUCUACCGGACAAGAAGGCGAAGCUGUAGAAGGCGAAGCCGUCGCUACCGGCGGUAACCCAGCAGUAGAAGCCAGCAGCCCACGCGCAGCAGCUCUAACAUCUCAUCCCGUCGGGGAUACAGAUGCAGUAUCAGACCUUGCACCCCAACGACCAGUCGAAGAAGAGGAUCACGCCAACGAAGACGUCGCCCGCCAAUGGAGCAGUUCAACCGAAAACUCCAACCGGCGCAAAAAGGGUCUGCGGAGGAGCCUGCGAGACCUGAUCAAGCGACGAUCAACGUCUGACACUGGCUCAGUUGCCGGGGCUCCGGAGGCAUCAUCAACUACUGCUGCUGGUGGAGGAGGAGGAGGAGACAAAGUCGUCGGCACGACCGCAAUGUCGUCUCAUCCACAGCAUGUUCCGAGGUCGAAUGCUAUGGAACAUAAUGAGGCACAUGACAGUUUUACGGACGGGUCGUUACAACCACCCCCUGGUCUGGCGCAGGCUGAACGGGCUAGCUUGAGUGGUUCUGCGAGGGACUCCAAGUUCUCCGAGGAUAUAUGA